GGCCCGGCAGAGGCGAGCGACACGCCGCCACUCCGCCGCGGCGCACACCAGCGCGCUCCCAGGGCGCUCCCAGUGCACGCCCCCCUGCGCAGGCCGUGCAGGCAGGACCUCGCCGAGUCCAACCCCCGCCGCGUGUGAGUUCGUGUGCGUGUGUGUGUGUGUGUGUGAGCGCGUGCGCGCGUGACAGUGAGUGCAGUGUCAGUGCCAGUGCGCCUCAGCUCCCCGCCGGGCUUGGCUACGCUCCGACUUUCGGACUACCGCAGCCUGCGGCGCGCGCCCGGGAUGGGGGCCAUGCGGGGACAGCGUUCACCUCCGCCGCCGCUCCUGCCGGGCGUCGUCGCCGUGCUCGCUGUCAUCACCGGCCUCCUCCUAGCCAUUGCCUCGACGCCCGCCAGCGCACAGCUUUUCAGUUCGUUAGCUAAUAACGAUAUACUGCGACCGUUUAGACAGACCAGUCGUGGUGGCCCCGGGCCGGGCGGAGGUUCGCCACUGGACCAGUCCGGUAUUCGGAGGCAGCCGCUCUUUCCAUCCUCCAUGCCGUUCCCGUGCAAUGCGUCCGCGGUUUCCUUCGGUCGCUCCAGGACGACGCCCACCUCCGUGCACCGGCUGCGCCCGGGCGACAUCGCCGUCGUCGGCGCCAUGGGCGACUCGCUGGUGGCCGGCAACGGCGCCCUGGAGGAGUUCGCUCUGGGCACGCUCAUCGAGUAUCGCGGCGUGUCCUGGUGCGCUGGCGGACAGGGGGACUGGCGCCACUUCCUGACCCUGCCCAACAUCCUCAAGCAGUUCAACCCGAAUCUCAAGGGCUACUCGACAGGUAAGGGGGAGUUUCUGGCCAGCAACGCACACAUGAACGUGGCCUUCCCCGUGAGCGCUGCAUCCGACGCAUACAAGCAGGCCGUAUUCCUGGUCAAGAAGAUGAAAAAGGACCCUUUCAUCGACUUUCACAACGAUUGGAAGAUGGUGACGAUGCUGUUCGGUGCCAACGACAUAUGUUCUGCGCAAUGCUACGACCGUGAGGGCACCUCGGCCAACCAGCACGGCCGCAAGCUGAAGAUGGCCCUUGACUACUUGCACCAGAACCUGCCGCGGACCUACGUCAACCUCGUUCCCGUCAUAGAUCCGUCCGUGUCGCUGCGGGUGAAGCGCUCUUUCAUGUGCCGUGUGCUGCACCGUUUCUUCUGCCAGUGCUUCCACCUGGACGGCAACGCGGACGAGAUGGACAUCAUCACAAGUCUGGUGCGCGACUUCCAGAACGCCGAGAGGCAGCUCGUCGAGAGCGGCCGCUACGACACGAGAGACGACUUCACUGUCGUCAUUCAACCCUUCAUGAAGUUAUUCAACGCGCCACGAGACCGCGCGCUGUGGAGCACCGAAGUUAUAGACAUUUCGUACGUCACCUACGACUGCUUCCACUUCAGCCAGAAGGGCCACGCCAUGGCCGCCAACCUUCUUUGGAACAACAUCCUGCAGCCCGUCGGAUUCAAGUCGACCACUCUGCUACCAGGUCUACUGAAAGACUUCAAGUGUCCAUCACGUGAGGCACCAUUCCUCUUCACAGCAAACAAUACUAGAACAUUUCUCGCCACUGGGUCUCAAUAUUUACCGAACGAGAGGAAUGUUGAAGUUUCGGAAUUAUGACAUUGAUUGAAAGCCUUUUCACAUUUUGUGACAAGUUAAGUGAUGUUGAUGCUCUGUGACAUCCAUCUAUUGUACAUUGCUCAUCAAAAUGGUCUAUUUGCCAUAUUGUUAUGUUAAUAAGGACGAGUGCCAGCUUUCUUACGCUUCACAGAAGAACUGAUUUUAAUUUAAUUGUGUGCUGUGUGUAUGUGUGGGUGUUUCUGUGAAUACCAUAUCUAUUUAAGUUGAAUCUCAAGAUCUUUGUGAGACAUGAGAAUGGAUACAAAUACCAUAUUGCUUUACAAAGAUGGAGAUUUUAGUAUUAUUUGAACACAAUAUGACAAAUUGCCAAGAUGUCAUCUGGGACUACUUAACUUCCCCAAAACAGGCUUUGACAGAAUCUUUUCUAACGAGUAAGUUAUCAUGUAAGAUGUAAUUCAUAAGAAAUAAGAGCUAGAAGUAUCUUUUAUGCUGUAAAAUUAACUGUUGAAAAGAUUUUGAAGAGAUGAAAUUAUGAUCUUGGAUUUUUACUGAUAAAAACAAUUUUUUUAUACAGUGAUUUAUGAACGUGGAACAGAGCACACAUUCUCAGUAUCAGUAAAACUGCUAGGUACUUUCAAAACAAUUCAAAAAUACGGAUUAAACAGAAAAA